AUGCGCUUUGCUGCCCUUGUCGCUCUCGCCGCCGUAGCCUCAACCGUCCCAAGUCUUGCAGCGCCUGCCCCAUACUCUCUCCAUCGAAUCACUUCCAGACAGGAUACAGCGUCAACGGAUGACAAUACGGUCGUCGAUACAUUUGUACGCAACGGUUUCGCCACUCCCCGGAUAGGGACAGUGAUCCUGCCAGGGGAAAGUCUGUCGCUUGGUUCCAAACGUGACACUACCUCCGAUAUCGUUCAAGCCAUCGCAGCAGCGUUAAACAACUUGCCCUUCGCAAGGAAGCGCGAUAUCACUGCAGACGUCACUGCAGCGCUCCAGGCUAUCCUGCAAGAAGGUAGCUCUGUGUUGAGCGAUAUUAACGUCAAACGUGAAGCGGACUCUAUCCUUCCCGUCGAGGAGCGCAGCACUGCGUCUACCUGGCUCAAAGAUAUCGGGAGUGUCAUUAGCCUGGGAUCAGGUGUUAAUGAGAUUGUGAACGCCUUUGAUGGCAGCAACAGCACUAAGCGGGACUUGGACCAAACUCCUGACGGAGCUGAUGUCAAUGGAGCUUUGGGUGGACCAGCCUACCAAUUCGAAGACCGCAGCUUUACGAUCCCCUCUAGCGUCUCAAGCAUUUUAGGGAAGACGGCGGGGAUUGUUAGUGCGGGAGGUACUAUUGCGACAAUACUGUCUGACCUUGAUGGAAGCAGCAACAGUACGAAGCGCGAGCUUGACACGGACUUGGGACGCGCUGAUGACCAGAAGCGCGCCUCCUCUGAUAUCGAAAGCAUUCUCCAGCAGAUCACAGUUGCUUUGGAGGGUGCUGAGGACGCAUUAAAUAGCACUUCUACCUCUACCUCCACCAAGCGGUCUACGAGUGAUGACGAUUUUUUCGGCCUUACAGAUAUCAUUACCCCAGAGCAACUUGACGAGCUUAGCUAA